GCGGCGGAAGCGGCGGCGGCAGCGCGGAGCGGCGGGGGACCCGGCGCCGUGACCGGUAACGCCCCUCCCGCGACCCCCGCACGUCGCCCCGACCCCGGCAGGCGGGACGGAGCCGGGGUGCGGGAACCGAGGGGGGAACGGCGGUGCUUCGCUGAGCGGCCGGGAAGGGGCAGAGCGGUCCGAGCUGUGCGCCCUGCCCCGCCCCCGCUGUGCCAUGUUCCCCGCCUGGGGUACGGCGCCGGGUACCGCGCGCUGCGCGGCUCCGCACCUCCAUUUCCCCACUUCUCGUCCCGGUUUCCCCCAGCCACGUUCGCUCCUUUUUCCCAGGCUGCUUCUCACCGCGUUCCCUGCCCGUGUUUCUCGGAUCCUUUGAGUGAUUUCCCUGCUCGGCUCGCUAUAGUCCGCAAAUUUAAUUACGAUUCACCGCUCCAAUGAAAGUUUGCGAGCUGCUGUAAAAAGAUACCCCGAUGUUCGCGUAAAUUGUAUCUUGCCCGCCUUAUCCUAAAGCUCUGCCCGGUAAUUCUGCUGAAAUAACCCUGCUGGAAAUCCCACGUCCCCCUGCACCUGCUGUUUGGGCACCGGGCACUAAAGCAGCCUCAGGGUGCUCGACUGCAGCAUUCUUAUUACUUUCUGCCCAGAAAUCAGUGCCCGCUGCUCUGCUUCUGCUCCGACCCAGCACCACGAGCUGGGGUCAGCAGUGUGCCCAGGUGUCUGCUCUGUGCCAGGGCUGUUUUUGCUUCCCUGCAGCUGUUUUGGUGAGGCCUCUGCCUCCUUUGCAUUUUUCUGGUUAAAAACAGAAAUGUUGCCCUUCAUUUUUGUUCCGUCAUUAAUUUUCUCUCCCUCCCUAUUUAUUAAUAGCCCUCUUCCCUUUUGUGCUGAACCUGCCCUGCUGUAUUUGUGAAGCCCUUUGCAUUCCCCUCCGCCUGUAGCUCCAUUUGCUGCCGUGCCAUCCCUUUUCUCCCUGCAGCUGUCGAGGGACACUAUCGCCCCAUAAAUCACCUCCUGUCUGCGGUGCUCCAGGUAUCUCCUUGGAGCAUCAGAAGCACGAGGCGCGAUUGAAAUCUCCCUUUUCUCUGCAUGUCUGCCUGCACACCGAUGUCACUGCUCGACUGUCCCCACGCGUGCUGUCCCCAUUAUUGAGCGUGUUGCUCCCCAGAGCAGAGCAGGGAGGUGCUGUGGGGACAGCUGCCCGCCGUCCCCUCUCUGGAUGUCAGCACCGUGCGGCAGCAUCCUAAUCGGGGCUGUUUAGAAUCUCCUCGUGGCUGCGUUUAUUAGGGUAGCAGUAUUUUUUUUUCACCCAGCCUGCAGCAGACUAUAAAGAGUGACAUUGCUGAUGCGUGGUCCCAUAUGGGCGAUCCCACUCCGCAGUGGCCAAGGUGUUGCCGUCCCCUGCUUGCAGUCAGGGCUGUAGGGUUACGUGCUCUAUUGAUGGCAGGAUGGAUUGAGUGGAAUUAGAAACCUCGAAGGCUAAAAAUACAGCGCCCUGCCAGGAAAUGAGGCAGCCUGCUGGGAGGGCGCUGGGUGGCACUUCAACUUUUCCAGGAACUGGCACACUGCACUGUGCUGCGUGCUUGCACUGAGACCUCACAGCCUCGUGCCAGAGCCAUGCUGUGGGGUGAGCUCUCAAGGUCUGGGAGCAGCAGGGAUGCCCUGCCCUUUGCAGGGUGAGUGAGAACCGCAGCCUGCAUGCUGUGCCCAGGGAAGAAGCUGUGUGCUGGCACGGCUACGCAUGCAGAGGGUGCUCCCAGCACCGUCUGGCUGAUGCAGCACCAUCUGCUUUGGAGGGUGAGGCAAGGUGAAUGGCAAACUUUCGAGGAGCCCAUAAAUCCCGCAUGCCUUGGAGGUGACUCGAGAUGCGCACAGAGCAUCUCAGCUGGCGGCAUCCCAGCGCUGGAGAUCCCCAGUCUUGUGGAGGAGCUCCAUGACGCCUUGGUGACAGGCUGCACUCUGAUACCUCCAUCCAUCUGUCUGUCCGGGUGAGGUGGGUUGCACGGGCAGUCCCAGAUCGGUGGGUCCAGCUCAGCGUCGGGCACUGCAGCCCACAAGGCUCCGCUGCUUGUCCCCGAGGCUGGGCUUGGUGUGGUUGGCAGGGAGGGGAUUGCAGCCUAAUGUACCGGAGGUGCCGCGGAAAUGAGAGCCUUGGAUGAAUUCCUGGCCCUAUUGAUCCGCCGGCAGUUUAUGCAUCCUGACAUUCAUAAUCUCAGUAGGCUCUGAUGUUCCAGAUUAAUGGGCCCAGGGGCCGUCCAUCCGUCACUUCACAUUAAUUACUGAAGAGGUGUUUUUCCAGUGAUUUACCUGACAGCGGCCCGUGAUGAAUACCCCUAAACAGAGUGGGCAGUGAUUAAUCACGGGGCCCCGGCCCGGCCCCACUCUGCCUUCCCCUCAGCCACAGCACAGACCCCCACACCAUCCGUCUCCAUAAACGCUGCUUGAUGCAUAUUUAUAGGGGCGCAGGGCCUGGCAGGCAGCGGCGUGCCUGGUUGUGCCAAAGAUGAUGAAAAAUAAAUCUCCACUGGGACGGGGCAGCCUGGCACAGCCGCAGCCCUUUGCCAGGACAUCCCGAUGCGCAUCACACUGGCACCAUUGCGGUUUGGGCACAGUGGUGGUGACACUUCUCUCCCUUGCAGGCGGUGGUGGCACAAUGGAGGCAGAGGGCAGCCGGGCGCGCCGCAGGAAGCCCGACAUGGCCCUCUAUGUGCCCAAAGCACGGCGGGAGAGAGCGGCACAAGCGGCAGCCACCAGCCACCGGGAGCCUGAGAAGCAGCACCUGGCGCAAGACAUCCCCAGGGGUGGCUCUGAGGGGCAGCGGCGAAGCCCUGGAACCAGGACACACGUGGGCAAAGAGGCUGGCAGGGAGAGCAAGGCCAGGGCCAAGGAGCCACGGGCAGCCUCUGCUGGGGACAGACAGGCAGUGGGAGUAUCGCCCGAUGUGCAGGAGCCAAGCGUGGAGCCAGCUGCUGCGCAGCCCUCAGGCAAAGCAUCCUGGGAUGCAGGGCCUGGGGAGCACAGCCAUGGGUUGAGGACGGUGCCGGACACUCUGGGCGCCCAUCCUGUGUCUGUCCCUGAGCAUGGUGGAGAUCCUGAUGAUGUAAUGGCAGCUGAGCAGAGAGUGGUGCAUCGGACAGAGCUGGGCAAUGUGAAGGAGCUUCUGGGUCACAGCUCUCUGCGUGCAUCUAUGGAGUGCUUGGGAUGCACAAAACAGGGUGCCUUGCAGCAGGCAGGAGAGGGAAAUGUGGGCAGCAUACCCACACUCAGCUGGGAGAGUGUGAAAAGCCAUGAGGAGAAGAGGGAGUGUGAUGCAUCUGUCCUUGCAGGGCAGGGUGAGGGCUGGGACAUGGACAGCACAUCCCAGCUCCUGCCAGAGCAUGAGGAGCAGCUGCCACCCAACAAGGAGCAGGCCAGUUCUGGUGCUGGACACGAUGGAGGGGAGAGUGUUCUUGCGCCCCCUAGGAGCAAUGAUCUGGGAACUGGUGAUGAGAUGAGCUGUGCUGAGGGGACAGAAAGUGGCCCCAGGGAAGGGGAUCCCCUGGACAGACCCCUGGCCCUGAAACCCCUUGAGCUGCUGUGCCGCGGCAUGGAGCAGCUCUCGUCUGGAUCCUGGGCUGAGGAACCAACACAAGCAGAUGAGGACAAAGGCUGGCAGCAACAGCACCAGGAGGAGGAGGAGGAGGGUGAGGAGGGAUGUCCCCAUGGCAGCUCCCUAAAGCCGAAUCAGCCUGGUGCUGGGACCCCAAGCAGCCCAGGCGGCGCAGAGAGCUGGGAUGCACUGUUCAAUGAUGAUGGGGAUUGCCUGGACCCACACCUGCUGGAGGAGCUCUCUGGGGGCCUGGAGCACCGGCAGAGCCUGCAGGAGCCCCGCUUCAACUACUACAGGGCUGAGCCGGCCGUGCCGGACCUCAGUGACGCUGAGCUGCCCCACGUCAUCGAGAUCUAUGACUUCCCCCCAGAUUUCCGCACUGAGGACCUCCUGCGCAUCUUCUGCAGCUACCAGAAGAAGGGCUUUGACAUCAAGUGGGUGGACGAUACUCACGCUCUGGGCAUCUUCUCCAGUCCCAUCACAGCACUCGAUGCCCUCAGCACCAAGCACCUGAUGGUGAAGACUCGACCACUGUCCCAGGGCACACGGGCGGCCAAAGCCAAGGCGAGGGCGUAUGCUGACUUUCUGCAGCCAGCCAAGGAGCGCCCCGAAACGUCAGCAGCACUGGCACGGCGCCUGGUCAUCGGUGCCCUGGGGGUGCGUAGCAGCCAGACCCCUGCCCAGCGGGACGCCGAGCGCAGAAAGCUGCAAGAAGCACGGGAGAGGAAGCGCCUGGAGAACAAGCAGCGGGAGGAUGCCUGGGAAGGCCGGGAAUGAACGUCCUGCAGUGGGAUGGUGCUGGCGAUGCUGCCAGGGGCACCUGCACCUGGUGAUGGAGCUGGUGCUGCUGCUGCCCUGUGGGCUCUGUGCUAGGUGGAACAGGCACACAGGAGAGGGGCCGGGGCACAGCUGCAGGGUGCUUGAGGGCCGGUUAGGGGCAUGCCAUGGUGUCCCAGGGCUGUCCCCAGGGCUGUGGUGACACAUGCUAUGUGGUCACCAUGGCCACCCUGAGCGUUGUGAGUGAGAAUGUCCUUUAUUUUGUUAAUAAAUACCAUUUAUUUUGCUUU